AUGCUGGAAGUGCCGCGAGGGACACGGGAGGUAGCCCUGAGUGCCACGGCGGUGGACAAGGAGGGAGCACAAGUCACAUUGGACGGCCAGCACGGCCGCGGCUAUGCUUCUGCUGUUCUGAAGUUGAACCCUUCUGCACCUUACAAGAGAUUGAAGAUAAGGGUAGAGGCCGCAGAUGAGGUGACGGCUUUGGACUAUGUUCUGGUUGUGGCCAUGACAGAGCACAGCAAAUGGGCCAUGCUGGAAGACCUGGUGGUCUCUGGCUGCGAGGGGGGGCUGCUGCCAAAGUUCGAAAUCGACGUCUUUCGCUAUCGCUGCCUUCUCAACAACGAAGCGCAAGUCCUCAAGGUUAUCCCCACGGUGAUGUGGAUGCCAGGCUUUGACCAAAAACUGCAGAUCUCGAUCAAGGACAAGGAAUGGACAAGCGGCAACGUGUUCCAGCAGCCGCUCAAUGAUGAAGGAAAGGCAGAGGUCGACAUUGCCGUUUUGGCUUCGGACCGAAAACACAAGGCAAUCUAUUACGUGUCUGCGCAAGGAUCCCCGUUGAAAGAGCGCGGCCGGCUCUUCACGACACUGGAACCGCCGCCAAAGGAAGCACCGCCAACACCCCUGCCGAAGUAUCGCUUCCGUUCCACCACCUCGCCCUCGGCGCCCUCGCCUGCGCAAACGCCGCCUCCUCCACAGCCGCAGCGCGCACCAAGGUCGACAACGGAAAGGGCGUCUAUCUCCACGUCACGUCCUUCAAUGGCUCCAGCCGUGCCCAUGUCGCUGCCUCUGCCUCGCUGGCCCGAUGGGCUCCCACUAAGCGGGAUCCACCUCCCCAUUCCGGAGCUCCAGCUUUCAGGGCUUCUGCCUGCCAGCGCAGCCGACAGCGCGAGCGUUGCAGGGGUCCUUGCUGCCGGGGGGUCCAUGGCGGCUUUGUUCGCAUCGCACGAGCUGACGUCUUUCAUGUUGUUGCUCAAGGAGCUCCAGUUUCUGGCGAUCUCUCAUCAAGCUGCCGGCGACUCCUACUACGCCUUGCUGACUCAGCCCUUUCGAGUCUUCCUGUUGGAGAUCGAUUGGCCCGGCCUCGAAGUCUGCGAGGAGAAGCGAGAGCUCGCACUUGAAGGCGACUGCAGGACUUUGCCCAACGAGAAGGCAGCAGAAGCGACGAUGGUUUGGCUCGCCUCUUUGCCUCCGGCCUUCUUGCUGCUGGCACUCGGUUGCCUGGAGGCGAGCUGGGAGGAGCGGCUGCUGAGGAAGUCCCAGCUGCGAGGCUUGGGCCUGCGUGGGCUUCGGAUCAAGGCCUUGCCGCUGGCUUUGAUUCUCUUGGACGUGGGGCUGCUUGGUCUCGCAGAAUCCUCCAAAGCGUUUCUUCCCAACACGGCCGUGAAGGUGAGCAUCUUUGGUCCUGGGCGACUCUUGAUCUCUGGUGUACUUUCCGCAUCAAUGCUCCGGUGGCUCUGCUGGGGCGUUGCCUUGGGCUUCUGCGGCUUCGGUGCUGCGCAGCUCCUCCGUCUGCAGCUCUCGGGGCUCCUCUGCUGGAGCCCCAAACUCGGGAAGUUCGCCGAUCCGACCACCCUGGCCGUGACGCUGCGGGACUCGGCGUAUCCCCGUCCGGCGGCGACUGCCUGGGCAGCGAUGGCCGAGGCUUGUGACGGUUUCACAGAGCUGCGGGCAGCA